AUCUGACAGAAAGCAUUCAUUCAUCAGAGCAAAAGAACAUAAAAAAAUAUUCAGAUCUAGAGAAGAAAAGAUUAGCAAGAAGAACAAAAAGCUUCGACCUUUUUUGUGUUAUUGGAAAGUUUAUCUAUCUACUAGAAAACAUUCAUUCUUCAGAGAAAAAAAACAAAAAAAUAUUCAGAUAUGAGAGAAGAAGAAAAGAUCUGCGAGAAGAACAAAAGUUUCAACGUUUAACUUUUAUUUUGUUCUUGACACAUUUCAUCUAUCUGACAAAAAAAAUCAUCCAUCAAAGACAAAGAAAACAUAAAAAACUACUGAGAUCUUAGAGAAGAAGAAGAAAUCCUUUUUAAUGUUCUUGACGGUGCUUAUGAAUCUGAGAGCAAAACAUAUACAAAGAAAAGUAGAUCUGAGAGCAAAACAUCCAUCGAACAAAUAAAUACAACACAGAAAAGAAGUUAAAUAUGGUAGAAGAAUGAAAAAUAGUAGAAAAGUUUUUACCUUUUUGGUGUUCUUUACAGUGCUCAUGAUUCUGAGAGCAAAACAACGCUCCAAACCAAAAAUAAAAUAAAUACAAAGUAGAUCUGAGAGCAAAAUAUUCAUUCAACAUACAAAUACAACAAAGAAGAUUAGUUAAAUAUGGUGGUAGAAGAAUGAAAAAUCGCAUAAAAGUUUUUACUUGUUUGGUGUUUUUGACGGUGCUUAUGAUUCUGAGAGCAAUCAUAAGGUAAAAGAAAAGAAGUAGAUGAAUGUGUUCAUUCAUUAAAAAUCGAAACUUUCCUCAGAAAACAAAAACCAUAAAAAAAUACAUACAUCUUGUAGAAGAAAGAAAGAGAAAAAAUAAACCUUAUAUAGAAGAAACAUGGGCGAAGAAGCGUUGGAGUGAAGAAGAUGUUGUGUUGAGAGAAAAGAAUGUUGUGUGUGAGCAUUGUGUGAGACAGAAGGUGAGAGAAGAAGAAAUCGAAACUUUACUUUUCGUUUUUAAUAAAUGAAUGAAAGUCAUCUCUUCUGCAUUUUUAAUAAAUGAUACUAAACUUUUAAUAAAGUGAUAUCUAAUUCUUUUAUUUUACAAACAAAACAAAUUCAGGUAUAGUGACGUUUCUCUAAAUUAUACAUUUAUACUUUCUAUUUUUUUUCAUUAUUAGAAAGGCCUCAUUAGAUAUGCGUUAAUGUGAAAAGAAUAUGUAUUUGUUAUUCUUUAAAAUUUAAAUAGAUACAUGGCUAGGAUAAAAAGAGAAAUCAGAUAUCGAUUUUAAAACAAAAAGUAAAGUUAAUAUGUAAUUUUUAAUAAACGGAACAUAACUAGAAAAGUUUUCAUACUUAACUGGUGUAAUGUUUCUUUUGGUUCGACAAAGUGGGUGUGGGUCUUAUUUCUUAAAUGGCCAAAGUGAAAAGGGUUCUGUAAUGGUCUUAACGCGCUUCCACGGCUAUAAAGAAAUAUUAAUCUUUGAAUGGUUUUGUGUGUGUAAAGAGAUCAUCUCUCACUGUGUUGCAUUAUUGCUUUCUCUUCCAACACUUCAUAACGUCACCAGUUUCUUCCAUGGAAUUCGCCUCUUCAACUUCCAAACUUCCACAGAUGUAUGAUUUGCUGAUUAACUUCAAUGGAGAAGACAUCCACAGGAAAUUUGUUUCUCAUCUCGAUUCUGUCCUCUCUGCUGCUGGACUCACCACUUUCCUUCACCACCAGAAUGCAGUCAACGACAUGGACAUCCAACAGCCUAUUCUCAAUCUUUGUCGGGUAGCAAUUGUUGUUUUCACCAAAACCUAUUCUGAAUCUGCUUGGUGUCUUCAUCAGCUUCAACAAAUCAUUGAGUGGCACAAAACUUAUUCCCGACAUGUUCUGCCCGUAUAUUACGAAAUUCAGCCAUCUGAUGUUCGUCUUCAAAAGGGUGAUUUUGGAAAAACCCUCAAAGCAACUGCACAAAAAUCAUUUUCAGCACAACAAAUGGAGCAUGGCAUGUCCAGGUGGAACCACGCACUCAGCAAAACUGCAGAUUUUUUUGGAUGGGAUGAGAGCAAUUACAGGAGUGAUGCUGAACUAGUGGACACAAUUGUUAAAAGCAUUCUUAAUUUACCAGUCUUGUCUGCUACUAAAUUUCCAAUUGGAUUACAACCCCACGUGGAAGAUGUGAUUCAAGUUAUAAAAAAUAAAUCCACCGGGGUUUGUACUGUAGGGAUAUGUGGAAUGGAAGGAUCCGGUAAAACCACACUUGCCAAAGCCAUCUAUAAUCAAAUUCAUGGUACAUUUUUAAAGAAAAGUUUUAUUGAAGAUAUUUCAGAAGUUAGUCGAACAGGAAAGCAUGCUAAUUUACACGAACGACUUCUUUCAGAUCUCCUAAAAACAAAGCUGGAGAUACAUAAAGUUGAGAUGGGAAGACGUAUGAUUGGGGAAAGACUUUAUGGGAAAAAGGUGCUUAUUGUACUUGACGAUGUGAAUGAGUAUGGGCCAUUGGACCUAUGGGAAAGUAGUGCAUGGUUCGGUGAAGGAACUGUAAUAAUCAUUACAACAACAGAUGCACGCCUACUGAGGAUAUAUCAAGUUGAUUAUAUUUUUCAGAUGAAUGUAAUGAACCCAAACAAGUCCCUUGAGCUUUUUAGUUGGCACGCAUUUAGAGAAGCAAAACCAAAAAAGGAAUACCAUUUCCUUGCAAGAAGAGUAGUUGCUUAUUGUGGAGGACUACCUCUACUUCUUGAAGUCAUCGGAAGUUGUUUGUAUGAAAGGACGAAGGAAGAAUGGAAUAGAUUAUUGUUGCAAUUAGACAACAGUGCCCAGCACGAAGUUGACCAGAUAUUGAAAAUAAGCUACGAAGAUUUACUUAAUCAAAUGGAAAAAGAUUUAUUCCUUGAUGUAUGUUGUUUCUUUAUUGGUAAAUGCAAAUUUUAUGUUACCAAGAUCCUAAAUGACUGUGGAGUAGACCCUGAUAGUGGAAUAAGAGUUCUCAUAAAGCGUAACCUCGUAAAAAUUAGAAAGAACAACAAAGUUGGAAUGCAUCCUUUGCUACGACAAAUGGGAAGAGAAAUUAGUCACGAAAUUUUAAGAAAGGAACCUGAGAAAAUCAGUGGGUUGUGGCUUGAUGAGGAUAUGGAACAUGCACUGUCACGGAAUAGUCAGACAAAUGUCAUUCAAAGAUUUUCGAGAAGACUGGUGAAUCUUGCCGGAUUUUCUUGGUCCCUUUGUGAGAAACUAAGAUGGGUCAGUUUGAAAGGGUUUUCUUCACAAUACCUACCUAACGACUUUUAUUUGCGUGAUGCAAUAGGGAUUGAUUUAAAACACAGUCUUCUUCGACUGGUCUGGAAAGAAUCCCAGGUCUUGGCGCGGCUAAAAGUCCUUAAUCUUAGUCAUUCCAUUUACUUGACAGAAACCCCUGACUUUUCAAGACUACCUGCUCUCGAACAACUCAUUCUCAAAAAUUGCCAAAGUUUGCGUCAAGUACACCAGUCUAUUGGAUUUCUCUACAAUCUUACAUUACUAAAUUUGAAGGACUGUACAGGCCUAACCAAUCUCCCCAGAGAGAUAUAUAUGUUGAAAUCUUUAAAAGCUCUCGUUCUUUCUGGUUGUUCCAAAAUUGUCCUACUCGAGAAAGAUAUAGUGCAAAUGGAAUCCUUGAUAACCCUAAUUUCUGAAAAUACAGUUUUGAAACAAGUUCCUUUUUCGAUUGCAAGUUCAAAAAGCAUUGGAUAUAUAUCCUUAUGUGGAUUAGAGGAACGGUCAAAUAAUCUUUUUCCUUCUAUCAUUCGGUCUCGGAUGUCACCAACAACGAAUCCCCUAUCCUAUAUUCAUACUUUCAGUGAUACGGAGGACAAUAGUUGGGAUGAUGUUGUACCAUUUUUUAGCAGUCUUGCAAUUCUUCGAAGUGUUUUGGUGCAAUGUGACCCCGAGUUUCAACUAUCUGUACAACUAAAAGCGAUACUGAUGGAUUAUUGUGUAAAUAUUACAAAAUCAAGAAUUUCAAAGCAUCACUUCAGGUCUUGUUUGAUCGGUGUUGGCAGAUACGAAGAAUUCUUCAAUACUGUCAGCGAUGGCAUAUCUGAGGUAUUGGCAAGUAGUGGGUCAUGUGAUGUUUGUCUCCCAGGUGACAAUUAUCCUUAUUGGUCGGCCCAUAGGGGUGAGGGACAUUCUGUGUCUUUCACUGUGCCUCGGGAUUGUGUGAUGAAGGGCUUGAUUUUAUGUGUUGUUUGUUUAUCAACUCCCGAAAUCAUUGAACCUGAACUUACUACUGUCUUAAUUGUAAAUUACACGAGGUGCACAUUACAGAUACACAACCAUGGCACAGUAAUUUCCUUUAAUGACGAAGAUUGGGAUCACAUAGUAUCAAAUUUAGGAUCUGGAGACAGAGUGGAGAUUUUUGUGUCUUCUGCUUAUGGAUUGGUGGUUAAGGAGACAGCUGUUUAUUUGAUGUAUGGUGAGCCAAAGAAAAAUUCCCUCAUUAGAUCCAUAAAGAAAAUUAUAAUGUGACUUGGGUUUCCAGCAAAGCAUUCCUUGAGGCCUCAUUUGAUUGGAAUUGGAAGUUACCAAGAAUUCUUCAAUACA